AAGAUGGCUCCUUCAUUCGGUAAUAUCGGUAGAGAGGCACGUAACUUAUUCGACAUUGGUUAUGAUGUGCUCGACGGGUUCAGGUUAGAUGUGAAUACGUAUAAAAAAUUGGGAAUCUCGGCUGGCGGUAUUCAAGGAUUGGAGACAGGCGAUGUUGUUACAUCUUAUUUUGAAACCAGAUACAAGCUAAAAAAAUUUAAUUGCUUAAUUUUUUUGGCUGAGAGAUGGACCAUGAAUCAUAAUAUGACUACUGAAGCUACUAUAAUUGGAUUGUUACCCGGUGUCACACUUACAACUAGUGGUACAAUUGACUGCCAGAACCAUUCUAAGGGUGUGGAUGUGAAAACUGAAUACAAGAAUAAUCAUGUCUCACUCAGCUUGGACACUAAAUUCAAAAAUCUCAAACCUAUUAUUAAUGCCUCGGCUGUAGCUGCUUACAAUGGAUUGUUGGGCGGUCUUUAUGUUAAAUAUAAUACAAACCAAAAAGCAUUGAAGUAUAGCAGCUUAUCUCUCAGCUAUAAAACUGAAAAAUUUGUGUUAACCACCUCAAUGUAA